GGGUCACAUGCGUGGGUUUCCUGUAGCCAGCAGCAAAAGAUGCUAGGACCAAAAAUUCAGAGCCAUUUUCAUUCAACAUUUUGAAAUGAUUUCAUCUGGAUUGAAUGGAGACCAAGAAUCGGAUUAUUACAGCGACAGAAUUAUUUUUUAGUUCAUGUUCAAGUACAAUCGAUGUAAAUAGCCGUUGUCCAUUUCGCAGCAAACCAUUUUGUACUUAUUUCUCGUAGAUUUACAACAGGAAUGAGUAUAGAAAUUCCUGCAGGACUGACGGAGCUAUUGCAAAGCUUUACCGUAGAAGUGUUGAGGAGUCAGCCUACAGAUUUGCUCGAAUUUGCUGUGCAUUAUUUUUCCGAUUUGAAGGACAGUGAAACUAGUGGGGCCGCGUUUGGCAAUGACCAAAAUUCGGCCACAAAACCUGGGAAAGCGGUCAACUUCAUCGAAGAAACCAUGCAAAUUGAUUCAGAAAAUGGAGAAGAGGAGGAGGAGGAUGACGAAGAAUUCGUAGCCCCAGUGAUCAACAGAUUCAUCAGAAGAGCCUCAGUAUGUGCAGAAGCCUUCAACCCCGAUGAAGAUGAAGACGACAAAGAGCCAUGGGUCACCCAUCCUAAAACGGAUGAACAGAGGCAGAGGCUACAGGAGGCGUGUAGGGACAUCAUUCUGUUCAAGAACUUGGACACGGAACAAAUGUCUCAAGUGCUAGAUGCCAUGUUUGAGAAGGUAUUUGAAGUGGAAGAGCACGUCAUUGAUCAAGACGAUGAUGGCGACAACUUCUACGUCAUUGAAAGAGGUACACUGGAUAUCUUCAUGAGAGCUGACGGUGUAGAAAAAAACGUUGGAUCUUAUGACAACAAAGGCAGCUUUGGGGAGCUGGCGCUGAUGUACAACACCCCUAGGGCAGCUACCAUCAUUACCACCUCACCAGGAGCACUUUGGUGCCUGGACCGUCUGACAUUUAGGAGGAUCAUUGUUAAGAACAAUGCCAAAAAGAGGAGGCUGUAUGAGACCUUCAUUGAGACAUUACCACUGCUAACUUCAUUAGAGCUCUCUGAGAGAAUGAAGGUAGUAGAUGUGUUGUCCUCAAAAGUUUACUGCGAUGGAGAACAGAUUAUUGCUCAGGGUGAUCUAGCAAAUUGUUUCUACAUUGUUGAAUCUGGUCAAGUUAGAAUCACAAUGAAGAGAAGCAGGACGAAAAAAGACCAAGAGGAUGAAGAGGUGGAUAUAGCCACAUGUUCCAGAGGGCAGUAUUUUGGCGAGUUGGCACUUGUAACAAAUAAACCCAGAGCCGCGUCAGCCUAUGCUGUUGGAAGCGUAAAGUGUUUAGUUAUGGACAUUCAAGCCUUUGAGAGAUUGCUGGGACCAUGCAUGGACAUCAUGAAGAGAAACAUUGCCAAUUAUGAAGAGCAGCUGGUGACCCUCUUUGGGAGUAGCACUGACAUUGAGGAUCAAAAUGCAUGAGAAAAGAAAUAACCAGCAAUGGACUUUUCUGAGCUGAAGAAUGGUGAUAUUGGGGGAUGAAAAAUUAUACUAAUGAUUAUUUUUCAUUACUAUCUUUUUAUGGUUCAUUUUCCUAUCCAAACUGGGAAAUUCUUUAUCUUACCAUUAAGGGAAACAUUUUAAAAUAUAUAUAUACAAAUAGUAUACUGUCCAAGUUUAUAAACAAUGGUAAAAUAUUUGUUAUGGAUGAUUAGAUUGAAGUUUAUUCUAAAACAUAGAUACUGUUUUUUUGUCACAACACAAAUUCUUUACGUCAUAUAAUUUCUGUUUUUAUUGUCUUUCAGCAUCACUUGUUUGCAUAUCACUUCUGUGACAGCAUAUAGUAAAUCUUCCCAUGAUAUUCCUAAUGACAAUUUCAUGUAGGACAAAAAUUCCUGUGCCAAAGGUGAUAGAUAGAUAGUAAGUAUAGAUGACAGCAAACUAUUUGCUCUAUUAUUUAAUAAUAACAUUUUAAUAAUGACAUUUUCCUAUUGUCACUUUGAGACUGGCAAUUUUUCUUUCAGAGGAAGAUUUCUGUGUAAUCAGGUUUUGUACUACAACAGCUGUCUUGUUAACUUUUUUCAUCAGAGAAUGUACAUUUACUGUUUGGGGAAAUAUGUCUAUAUACAGUAGGCUACAUGUAAUUUAAUGAACUGUUAUUCAUUCUUUAUAUUAUAUUUAGUCAUUUUUUUUAGCAGACGCUCUUAUCCAGAGCGACAUGUGUAAUAUGGCAUUAAUGCCAUAAUUUUGCAUACAAACAUCACAAAUGUGGCUGGUAAUUUUGUAAAAGUUGACUGUCAGCUUACCAAAAGUAUUGGAUAUUAUGACUUGAUAAGCCUAAUCAUCAAUGAUUUGAACUGCAGAUAAGGACACUAAAAGGACACUACAUUUUGAGCACAUUUUGUUUGGAAUUUCUGUUGUUUCGUUUAGAAUUGAAACGCUUGUGCCAAUUAACAAAGUAUGAUGUUUUAGCCAUCACUUCCUGCAAUGACAAUAUGUUUGUGUUGUCUACCUCUAAAUUAUACAACUUCACUUCACAAACAUUGCAGUAGCCAUAUGUUAAGACUGCGUACUACAUAGCAGCCUCUAGUGGCUACAUAUCCGUCGUAUUUUCACUGUGUAGUUUUUUCUUUGUCUAUCAUCUAAAAGUUGUUACUUACUUAUUUGCACUCUCGACUUUUGUGUUUGAAUUAUAGUCGGAAACUCCCGGUCUGAUUCGGCAGUGUUGUCAUUUAUACUGUCAAUGACUAAAUUAAUGUAGUCUUCAAUGUGUCACAAUACAAUAAAGACCCUUUUUCUAUUCA